AUGUCCCGCCACCAGUUUGAUCUCGUGCAAUGCAUGAAGCAACCAGGGACGCAUAUUGGUCUUCUAUGUCUACUGUGUGAUGGAAGAUGCCCUAUCUGCGACUCGAUGGUGAAGCCCCAAGCCAAGGUUAGAAUCUGCGAUGGAUGUCAUUCGGGCCACUUGAGUAAGAGAUGUAUUCUUUGCAGUUCACAUCUAGGUGAAGACGCCGAGUCAGGAACGCCUGCUUACUACUGCUACGAAUGUGUUGUUCAGGAAAAGCACAGGGAAGGAUGCCCUAGGAUCACCAAUGUAGGUAGUUCCAAGGCAGACAUGGUAUUUAACAAGCGUAAGGGCCAAGGGCUCAUUACAUGA